CCUCUCCUCUUCCCCACUCUCCUCUUCUUCUCUCUCCCCCUCUGCAAGAAGCGGCAUCACCGAGGCAAAUCGUACGUUACCUCCCAUGGAGGCGCCUCCACCUCCUCCGCCUCUCUCGGCCGGCGUCACAACGACGAUGCCGCCGUCUCACCUCAACUACCCUGACUCCGUUGAUUCUUCUCCCCGUUCACGUAACGCCGACAUCUGGGAUGACCCUAUCCCUCCUGCCUCUGCCUCCUCCAAGCUCCGCCUUAUGUGCAGCUACGGCGGUCACAUCGUCCCUCGCCCUCACGACAAGUCUCUCUGUUAUGUCGGUGGCGAUACUCGUAUCGUCGUCGUUGAUCGGAACACCUCUCUCUGCGACUUGUCUUCGCGCCUCUCUAAAACCUUCCUUAACGGCCAUCCCUUCACUCUCAAAUACCAGCUCCCCAGUGAAGACCUCGAUUCCUUGAUCUCUGUCACUACUGAUGAAGAUUUUGAUAAUAUGAUCGAUGAGUAUGAUCGAAUUGCUUCGAAUUCGUCGGCUAAGCCCUCCAGAAUCCGCCUCUUCUUGUUCCCGACGAUGCCUGAAUCGUCGCAAUCGGUUGGGCCUGUGGUUGAUAACUCGGUUAAGUCGGAUGACUGGUUCCUGAACGCGCUAAACGGCACAGGAGUACUUAAUAGAGGGUUUUCUGAGUCCGGUUCGGUAAAUUGCUUGCUGGGUCUCGACGAUGAUGCUGGUGGUAAUAACCUGGACUCGGUUUCCAGGGAAAAUGAAGUUGCUCAACAAUCUGGAUCUUUCGGGAAUGGCAAGAAUGUGACGAAGCAGGGACAGGACGUUCACUCUGUGCCUGAUUCCCCUAUGCUGGAAACGACCUCGUCUUUUGGGUCCACUUCUUCAUCACCUUCACUGGUGAAUUUGCCGCCGAUUCGGGUUCAUGUGGUGGAUGAUAGCAGUGUCAGGAUGCAAGAUCAGAAGGCGGUGGGAAUAGAGGAUCAGUUUGCUCAAAUGGGUGUUAGUGGUGGUGGUGGGCAGAGGCAAGAUGAGGCGUUUCUUGUUCUAUCUCCUCCUCCUCCGAUGCCGGGGACCAUCACAGCUCCGGUGGUUGUGCCAAUUAGCUCCGCCGUUGUGUCUGUCAGCGAGUACCAGAAUCGGGUUUUCUCCGAUGAUGAGAGAUCAGACCACGGAGUGCCCGUGGGUUACAGAAAACCUACGACAGAGCAACCACAACUACAGCCUCAGCCUCAGCCUCAGCCUCAGAAUCUGCCUUCUCAAUUUCAACAGAAGUCAGCCGGCGUUGUUGAUUUGCCUUCCCCAGAUUCAGUUUCAAGUGAUGGUAGUGUUUCAAAUCCUUUGUCACGCCCAAAACAUGUACUCUAUCAAGAACAAGUUCAGAUUCCGACUGUGACUACAAGGGUUCUCAGUAAUCCUGCUGAUCCAGUAAAGCUUAAUAUGUCUGAUCCUCACUCUAGGAUCCAGAUACAGCAGCAGGUGCAGGACCCUGGAUAUGUAUUACAACAACAAUUUGAUCCGCAGCAACAGCCUCAACAGCAGCAGAAGCAGCAAUUCAUACCUAAUUCCCAUUUCAUUCACCAUACUCCUGCCGGGGCCGUGCCAAUGCCAGCAUAUUAUCCUGUAUAUCCUUCCCAGCAACAAUCUCAUCCUCAGCAUCACCCUCAGCUUGAUCAGCAAUACCCAGUUUACUACAUGCCUCCAAGACAGGCCCAGCCUUACAACUUAUCGAUGCAGCAGCAGCAGCAGCAACCUAAUAUUGGUGAAACCAACACAGCCAUCCCUUCUAGCCGACCCCAAGCUCAGCCAAAUCCAACGAUGGCUCCGGCCUCUGCAGCUUACAAUCCUGUAAGAAAUGUUCCCAUUCAAAAGGCUGAAAUGGCUGCUGGUGCAUACAGAGCAACUGCAGGCAUCCCUCAAUUAGUUCAUGUUCCUUCUGGUCAGCCUCAGCACCAGCACCAGCAACAAUUUGUUGCUUACUCUCAGAUUCAUCAUCCCUCUCAGACUGUUGCCCCCAAUUCUGCUGCCCCACCAAAUUAUGCUUAUGACUAUGCCGAUCCGGCACAUGCUCAGAUAUACUACACCCAACAUUUGGCUCAUGCCAUGCCUUCACAGUACCAAACCAUGGCAGCUUCAGCUGUUGUGCCGCCAGAAGUUUCUUCUCAGCUUCCUUCUGACAGCAUGAAGCAGCAGAUAAGAACCUCACAGCCAAUAUAAUAUAAAUCAGGUUCUUAACAAAAGAAACAAUUUUGAAGAAACGGGUUUGGUUUCUCCCUUUAAUUUUUAUACUACUUGCCGUCUUGCUAUGAUACCUGUUUAUGGUCUGUAAUUGUGAUUACAUAAUAAGAAGAAAGAAACUCGUUUCCAGCAUGUAAUAUUUCUUGUAUGUCAUAGUUUACUGGAAAUUAAAAUGGUCCCAGAGGUUAUACUGUAAAAGUUCAAGAAUCCUUUGUAUUGCGAAGUUUAUACUAUCAAUUCUUGAAUGAUUGGCAUAAA